AUGGCCGACGGGGUCAAAAAUGAGCGAACAGGAGAGGGAAAGCGCCCAAGCGACUCGCACGGCAACGGGCGAGACGGCGCCCCCGGGGGGCAACGCGGCGACGACGACGACACGAGGGUGGGGGCGGCCGCAGCGCCUCUCAACCCGCGCCUCUCAACCCGCCCUUCUCAACCCGCGCCUCUCAACUCUCGCCUCUCAACUGGCGCCUCUCAACUCGUGCUUCUCAACUCGCGCCUCUCAUCUCUCGCGCCUCUCAACCCGCGCCUCUCAACUCUCGCCUCUCAACUGGCGCCUCUCAACCCGCGCCUCUCAACCCGCGCCUCUCAACUCUCGCCUCUCAACUGGCGCCUCUCAACUCUCGCCUCUCAACCCGCGCCUCUCAACUCUCGCCUCUCAACUGGCGCCUCUCAACUCGCGCUUCUCAACUCGCGCCUCUCAUCUCUCGCGCCUCUCAACCCGCGCCUCUCAACUCUCGCCUCUCAACUGGCGCCUCUCAACCCGCGCCUCUCAACCCGCGCUUCUCAACUCGCGCCUCUCAUCUCUCGCACCUCUCAACCCGCGCCUCUCAACUCUCGCCUCUCAACUGGCGCCUCUCAACCCGCGCCUCUCAACCCGCGCUUCUCAACUCGCGCCUCUCAUCUCUCGCGCCUCUCAACCCGCGCCUCUCAACCCGCGCCUCUCAACCCGCGCCUCUCAACUCGCCCCUCUCAACCCGCGCCUCUCAACCCGCGCCUCUCAACUCGCCCAUCUCAACCCGCGCCUCUCAACCCGCGCCUCUCAACUCGCGCCUCUCAACCCGCGCCUCUCAACUCGCCCCUCUCAACUCGCCCCUCUCAACUCGCGCCUCUCAACCCGCGCCUCUCAACCCGCGCCUCUCAACCCGCGCCUCUCAACCCGCGCCUCUCAACCCGCGCCUCUCAACCCGCGCCUCUCAACCCGCGCCUCUCAACCCGCGCCUCUCAACCCGCGCCUCUCAACCCGCGCCUCUCAACCCGCGCCUCUCAACUGGCGCCCCUCAACUCGCGCCUCUCAACUCGCGCCCCUCAACGCAAGGCAGAGGGUCGCGAGGAGGUCGUGAGCUUGUGA